AUGCAACAAUUAAAACUAAAAAGAAAAGAUAUGAAAUUGGAAAGGGGUUUUAGGGUUAGAAAGCUAUGCAUCGCCCUUCUUCCUCCACGACGGCGCCGCUAUAAGCCAAGACCGACCCUCCUCUCUCGCGGCGGCGGAAACCUCUUCACCUUCACCGUCGCGAUUCUUCUCUCAUGUGUUGUUCUUGUUGAAGGAGUAAUGAAGUUGUUGAAUUUUGACAGAACGAGUGCUGUUGAUGAUGAAGAUUGCCAAAGACGAAAGAAUGAGUGUAGGCUGAUUUAUGCAGGUAGGCAGGAGGUACAACAAGUUGACGAAGCAAGGAGUUUAGACACAAAGGUUAGUGAAGAUGAAAGCAAAGCUUUGGCCAUGGAGUUGAUGAAGGUGAAAGCGAAAACAUGGUUGAAGCUUAAAGUUAGGUGA